CAGUCCAAGUAAAUCAUGACACCAAACAGACCCUACACGCCGUCCCCAAUACGGCCUUCCUCACCGUACGAGAAGCAAUUCCACAUGCGUCAAACUGACCCGCCAUUGCAGCCUCUCAACUCCCCUGUCAAGCAUUUAUUCCGCCAUUAACUCCGAUGAACAGAAAUCGAGAAAAAUCGGGGCAAAUGAAAUCGACGCCGGCGGAGAAAUCCGGCGACCUCCGAACGACGUCGCUUAAGGCGGCGGUUACCGUCUUCAUAGUCUUAUCUGUGUCGGUUGCUUUUUACUCAAGUUUCUACAGCGUCGGCCGGCCGGACUUUUUCCGGUGGUCGGACAUCCCCGACCCGGCGGUUUACAUGGGCCGGCUCAACUCCGACCGGUCGCCGACGAAUAUUUCGCACAUCGCGUUCGGAAUCGGCGGGUCGACCCGGACGUGGGGGAGUCGGGUUCGGUACGCGGAUCUGUGGUGGAAACCGGGGAUUACCCGCGGGUACGUCUUUCUAGAGCGGAGGCCGGACCGGGUUUUCCCGAACCGGCCCGGGGUUCCGAUUAGGGUUUCGUCGGAUUGGAGGCGGUUCCGGCGGUCGAGCGGGCCGGAGGCGGCGGUGAGGAUAGCUCGGGUGGUGGUGGAUUUAUUCCGGUCGGGAUUGCCGAACGUGCGGUGGUUUGUGAUGGGAGACGACGACACGGUUUUCUUCCCGGAGAAUCUGGUGGCGGUGCUGUCGAAAUACGACCACCGUGAGAUGGUGUACGUCGGCGGCAACUCGGAGAGCGUGGAGCAGGACGUGAUGCAUGCGUACGGCAUGGCGUUCGGCGGGGGCGGCUUCGCCGUCAGCUAUCCGCUGGCGGCGCAGCUCUACGGCGCGAUGGACGGCUGCCUGAAUCGGUACCAUUAUUUCUACGGCUCAGAUCAGCGGAUCUGGGCGUGUGUAGGGGAAUACGGUGUGGACCUCAGCAGAGAAUCGGGGUUCCACCAGCUCGAUAUACGAGGGAACCCGGGGGGCCUCCUGGCUGCGCAUCCGUUGGCGCCGCUCGUGUCGCUCCACCACCUCGACGACGUGCAGCCGCUCUUCCCCAACAAGACCCAGAUCGAAUCGCUGGCAUUACUUACGAAAGCUUACGACGUCGAUCCGUCCCGAACGCUGCAGCAGUGUUUCUGCUACCACCGCAAGCGACGGUGGUCGGUAUCCGUCUCGUGGGGCUACACGGUGCAGAUACACCCGAAGCUGAUGACGGCGAAGGAGUUGGAGAUGCCGGUGGCGACGUUCAAGACGUGGAGGAGCUGGCACGACGGGCCGUUUACGUUUAACACGCGUCCCGAGAGUCCCGACCCUUGCAAGCACCCGGUUGUUUUCCACUUGGCUUCGGUUAACAAAAGUUCGAGCAAUUCGACGUCAACGGAGUAUAAAAAGCUCGAUGAUUAUCCGAAGCACUGCGGUAAGGGCUACGCUCGAGCUCUUGCCAUUGAUAACGUCGUUGUGAUUGCGCCCAAGAUGGAUCCUCGGCAAUGGAAACAGAGCCCAAGAAGAGAAUGCUGCGACAUAAAAGGGAGCUUAGGACAAGGAAGAAUGACUGUAAGAAUAAGGAAGUGUAGACAUACAGAAAGUGUCACUAUUUAAUCUUUUGGGGGUGUGUUUUUUUACCCAAAAUCUUUCAAACUUUACACCAAAGUCUGUGUGUAUAUAUAUAUUGAGAGGAGGGCAUUGGUGAAAUCCCAUUUUUAUUUAUUUAUUUUUAUUUAAAUUUUAUAUUUGGGAUAAUAAGUGAAUGAUGAGGUGGUAAUGAAUUUCUUGUACUGAUACUAUGAA